AUGCAAUUCAAGCUCAAUUUAUUUUUGCUACUACUUUUCUUUGCUAAUAGCAUUUAUGCUCUUAGCAAAUGCUAAUGUACUAUAGAUUCUUCUUCUUUUCCAGGUUCUAGUACUGCUCCACCUACGUCUCUUGUUUUAUCUGCUGAUAAUGAAAUUGUUGGAAAUACAGAUGUAGGAAAACUUAUUGCUGUAGGUUCUAUUCAAGUCCUUCAGUAAAUUUUUUAAGUCGAAAAGCAAUCAAUUACAGGACUUAAUCACAAUUGCCCUUCUGGAUAUAUUCCUCUUACAAAAGAUGAUAUUACUACCAUAAUAGGAAGAUCUGAUAUAAUUUCUUUAGUUGGAUCAACAUACUUAAAUCUUGAUUUCACAAAAAAUGUUUACUAUUCUUCUACUAAAGUAAACGCAACAGCGACUAACGGUAGUGAUAAUAAUUCAUAUUUCUACUUUACUUUAACUUUAGAUAAAAAUAAUAACUUUGCCAUAGGUAAUUCAAGCACACACUGGGAAUCUAAAGUAAAAUCUACUAUUUGCAAAAGGUCUUUAUAGUCGUAUUCUGUUUCUCUAAAUGGCUAUGAAGGUAUCGAUUUAGAAAAAGGGAAAUCCUACUAAAUGCAAAUUACUAAUAAAAAUGUUGAGCAAUAUUACAUUUAUGAUAAUAAUGGAAACAAAUUUACCACUUAAACCUUCAAUUAUACUCAUAAUGGAGAUUCUUAAUGGGGAUGCGCUACACUCCACUUCAAGCUAUAACUCUUUGGUGGAGCUAUUGCUGGUGAUUGCCUUGCAAUUUGGACUUAUAAUCAGAUUGCCUUUAAUGCCGAUUCUAGCAGUUUCAAUAUGAAUUCAAUCAAAACGGCUGUCUUGCCAGGGAUCAAAGCAAAUAUAAACAAUGCAUUCUUUUUCACUCCUGGCUCAGCUCCUAUAGCUCCAAUAAUAGGAGACUCAAGUUCAUUUUAUGUCUGCUACUAAGUUUAGACAUCAAAAUAGUUGAUGGUUUAGAAGGUAUCAAGUACAGGUACUCCUAUUGGAGCAGCUAUUGAUACUAAAUAAACUGGGAGACCUUUCGAUAUAGUUUCUACAGAAUUUGGCUUUGUGCUAAUGGCAGCAGAUUCAACUUAAAGAGCUUUCAUAUAAGCCAUAAACAAAGAUGGAUCUUAGAGAUGGCUUAGAAUACUAAUUAACAAUGGAGAUAAACCAGACAACCCAAAAGAUUAAAUUGAAUUUUUCACUAAUGAAAAAUGUGACUUACCAUUUGGAAUGAAUUGCAUGUUCAAUCCUCAUAAUGGUAGACUUAACUAUGCUAGAGGAAAAAUUUAAGCAAUUUGGGCUCAUUAUAAUCAUUUUGGAAAGAAUGGUGAUGGAGGUAGAGAUGAUCACACUGGAGAUACAAUGAUCAGCUUAGAUGCUGAUACAGGAUAUGAUUAGAAUAUCUUUUGGAGUUGGGAAACUUCUCACUCUUUGUAUUAGAAUAUGCACUAUGAUGGAUAGAACUUAUAUGUUGCUUCUCUUGGAGAUGCUUACCCAAUGAAUAUUAACUUUAAAGUUUGUAAUAUUGAUACUUUUUCAUGUAAGGGAAGUAGUACUAUAGUUUAAGGAAAUAUUCCAGGUGAUGGUUAUGGUGACGCAUCAGGUAGAACUGGUAGUUUCUUUAGCAUUAUAGGAAACAGAAAUCAAAAGCUAUUUGUUUAUUAGAGAAAGGCAAGCAAAGGAGGACACAAUGGAUCUGUCUCAACAAAUACAGUAAAUGAACUUGCUGUACUUAAGUUUGAUUCCUAGCUGAAAUAUAUUUCAACUACAACUCUUUUGAGUGGAGAUCUAGCUUCUAGAGUAAAUAGUAUAAGAUCAGUACCAUAUGGUAAAAAUAUUUUGCUUGCUUACUCAGUUAUUCCUUCUUCUGAACUUAAAAAUUUCAACCGUUAAUACAGCGAUGAGAAAGUAGACUAAGCUUAUAUUGCCUUGUUAAGUGGUGUUGAUGGAUCAUUUUUAAUAGAACCAUAAUAAUUACCUGCCUUCCAAAUAAAUCCUGCUGAUGACUGGAGAAUACUAGAAAAUGGAAGCAUUGUUUAUACAUAUAUAGACAAAAAUAACAAUUUAAAUAUCUACUACACUCCUGCAAUUACAAUUCCUAAUUAUCCAAAUCCGAUUCUACCAUAUGAUAGCAUAUAUGGUUUUGGUAAUUUUACAAAUACAUAAUUGAAAACCCCUUUAAAUAAUUACAACAAAAUUUGUGUUAAGUAAGGUGAUUCAAAUUGGAGUAUUGUAGACUUUAGUAAUAACCCAUCAAACAGUAAUAAUUAAUGUGUUUCUGGUAGCAAGUAAACUAGUGAUUGUAUCUCUAUCUCAUUUAAAAAUAGUUUCAAUAGCUUCUGUAUAUUUUUAAUGAUAAUAACAUUCCGUUUCUGA